CAGUCGAGAAUAAUGAAGUAUACCUAAAAAGACAAAUCAUAAUGAUUUGUUACCGAAUAUUUGUUUUAGUACCGACAGGUGGCGCUAUUCGAGGAAUAGUCGCUUGUUUCACAAAAAUUCGUCGAAGUUUGUGUAUUAUUACUGUAUAUCUGUAUAUUUCACCGGCUUACACAUUACUGAGGCAAAUAGGUAAACAGUGAAGGAGUGUUAGGUGUUACUCUAAUUGACAGAUGGCAGGCCACGCGGGGCCAGGACAUCAGAGUCAGCUACAGCAGAUGCAGCAAAUGUAUAACAUGGGUGAGCAACAACAACAGCAGCCGCCCCAGCAGCAGCAACAACAACAGCAGGUACCAACGACGACCAUACAAGCACACUCUGUCGUAUCGCCGGGGUUUCAUAGUCCUCCACAAUCACAGACUCCUGGAACCAUCAGUCAAUCAGGCGACGGCGCAGCGGCCGCGGGCCGGCAGGCGGCAGCACCGCAGGCAUCGGCGUCGCCCGCGCACAACACGGCGUGGCUGUGUCGCAUGGGCCAGGAGAUGGUCCAGGACAUCGUCACGCGCACGCACGAGAUCUUCCAGCUGCUGCGCACGAUGCAGCUGCCGACGGGCUCCGACACCGUGCGCAGCCAGCAGGCGCAGGAGCGGCUCGCCAAGCUGAAGCCCGAGCAGCUGAAGCAGGUGAGCCUGUACUUUCGCAAGCUGCGCGCGAUCUAUGACAAGUGCAACGAGCAGGCCGACUUCACGGACAUCGAGACGUUCGUGCCGCUGCGCGACGAGGAGCAGCAGCGGCCCGAGGAGCGGCCGGUCAGCGACAUCGUCAAGUACCAGAGCGAGGACUACAAGGAGAUCGUCGCUCAGCUGACUGCCAAGAAUCGACAGAUCAAGGAGGUGAUCAACUAUCUGCGAGACAUCAUCUGGGAGAUUAACACGAUGCUGGCGACGCGCAAGUGGCUGGAUUAGCCGGAUUACGCGUGCUGGAUUAGUGAACAUUGUAAGGAGGGAUUAACACGAUGCUGGCGACAUGGAAGUGGCUGGAUUAGCCAGGAUUAUGCUCACUAGAUUAGUGGUGAAUUAUGCUCGCUGGAUUAGUGAACAGUUUAGCGAGAGGGAUAAAGACUAUGCCGGUGACAAGCAAGUUGCUAUUAACUGGAUUAUGCUUGCCGAUUAAGUGGUUUGAAUGGAUGAUGCUCACUGGAUUAGUGAACAGUUUAGCGAGAGGGAUAAAGACUAUGCCGGUGACAAGCAAGUUGCUAUUAAAUGGAUUAUACUUACUGGAUUCGUGAACAGUUUAGUGAGGGAUAAGUUAGCAAAGCGGAAGUCGCUGGGUUAACAUUUAAUCAUGAUCAUUAAAUUAUGGAGCAAUCUUGGCGGUAUACAAACAUGUCGGCAACAAGGAUUAUGUGAGAUCGGCUGGAUAUGGGUUGGUGGGUUAUAUAUGUACAGGAUUUCUACUGCUGUCUUGUAAAUACUUUGUUUACUCUGUAAUGACAUUGUAUGUACAAUUAUGUUCUCAUUUGUGAAAAUAUAGAAACUUUGUCAAUAUAAAUCAAUGCAGUGUCUGUGUGAGUGUGUGCAUGCAUGCGUGUGAUACAUCAAACAAUACAUCUUCAAUGCAUUUCAUGAUUGUAGCAUAACCAUCAUUACAAGAAUCUCGACGUUCCUGUCUUGAAUCCUUUAUUAGCUCAAGCUUCUCUUCCCGUGUUCUCCUAAUAAUUAUAUCCAGGUUUCUAUGAUGUUUCUCCAGUACUUGGAUUCAGUCUCCCUUUGGUUGUUUGUUGUUAAUUAGUGUUCUUUCGCUAAUUAAAUCAACCUUUUAUGUAUUCUU